AUGGAUGUACUUAAAAAUGCUGCUUGUACAUGUUGUCGAGUCUUCUUCACAGAUGGCGACUCACAGCGUGAACAUUACAAAUCAGAUUGGCAUCGCUACAAUCUCCAGCGAAAGAAAGUGGCCCGAGAGAUUGAAAAAGCAGAAUCAUUUACUUGUGAAUGUUGUAAAAAACAGUUCCAGUCAACGAAUGCUUAUGAUAACCAUAUAAAUUCUAAGAAGCACAAGGAAACUGAAAAAGCAUCAACACAAAGGAAUGCACAGACGAUAGCUAAAAGAUCAUCAGUAAAAGGAAAGAAAACUUGUGAAAAAAUAGGUGAUCAUUUUGGUGUGGACAAUAUCGAAAACGAGAAUGAUUUAGAUGAACUUGAUAAUGGAUGGGUUACCGACCAUGAUACCGAUGAAGAAGAUUUCGAUGAAUCCAAGGCCAUCUCAAACACGGUGUGCUUAUUUUGUAAUCAUGUUUCAAGGAAUUUGGAAACAAAUUUACAACACAUGAGUAAAUCACACGGAUUUUUUCUGCCAGAUGUGGAGUUCUGCGUAGAUAUUAGUGGCAUGUUACACUAUUUAGGUUUGAAAGUUGGUAGUGGUCACAUGUGUUUAUCUUGUAAUGAGCGGAGAACGUUUUUGUCAUUAGAUGCGUGUCAGAAGCAUAUGCAAGAUAAGGGACACUGUUUUAUUGAUAGCAGUACAGAAGGAUUGGCUGAGUUUGAAGACUUUUACGAUUAUAGUUCCUUGUAUACGGAUGAAGAAAAAACUGGUGGAUUUUCUGAUGUCGUGAUCGUAAGUGAUGGAUACUCCCUUACAUUGCCAUCAGGUGCGAGAAUUGGGCACAGGUCACUCUUACGCUAUUACAAGCAACGCUUAAAACCGUUAGUGAAUGAAUCUGAAAGUCAUCAUCAGAAAAAAGCAAUUAUUCUCAAGAAAGCAGUGAUUGGACAGUAUAAACAGUUAAGAUGGAAUGAAAUGACUGGAACAUUAGCAUUGCAACGAGCGAAAGAUAUGCUGUAUAUUAAAAAUAGUGCCAAGAAGUGGUUGAAAACAGGGCUUAGCAACAAUAAACUAUUCAAAUCACGUGGUAGAAGUGAUCAGUAA